AUGGAUGAGCAGCGUAUGUCCUCCCUUGAGGCGGAAGUGCAUCAUGGCAUUGAUGUUAUUGUGAAGCUUACACAGUUUAGUGGCGGUAAAGAUAGCGUUUUAGAGUUAAUUAAGAAAGAAAUUGAGAGGCUUGAAAAGCAGCAUAAAGACUGUGAAAAGUCUCCGCAGCCUCAUGCCUCUUCUGACUGUCCUCAGCAUAAACUGCUUGAGGAGCUUAAAGAGAAACUUGAGACAUUAACUCAGAAUAAAGAUAAUAGUAAUUGUGAAACAUUAUUAAAUAACCUCUGUUCUGGCUUGGAGAAGUUCCUUGGUUACCAAGAAACUUCCAAAGGCUACGACGGCACUGGCAUCGUGUACUCGGACCUCGACAGGCUCUGCGACGGGGUGAUGUCUUUCCUUCAUGGAGUUUUAGAUACUGUGAGGGAUGAUGAGAGUGUUAAAACGUACGAUGAUUAUAUGAGAAAUAACGGUCAAGAUGAUUUACAUACUGUCCUUCAACAUCUCCAAUCUUCGAUUGGCCAGGGACGCAGUGUCUUUGGUGAGCGGGUUGAAGAGGUGAACGGAAGAACAUUGAGCGUUAUAAAUGCUUUAGGUGAGUUGAUCACUGAUAAAAUAGAUUCAUAUGCUACUAAUGUUCUUUCAGGUCAUCCAAGCAAGGAGCUUCAACAGCAGUUGAGGGAGUGGACUUCCGUUCUUGGCAGCAUAAAUGAUCACAUUAAAAGCAACAUAAUCACUAAUGUUGCUAAAUUAGACCCCGCACUUGGCGAAAAGAUAAUGCGUAAAAUUGAGCCCGUGCAAAGGGUGGUGGAGCAGUUGAGGGGGGUGGCUGGGAAUGAUGAGGUGGUGAGGGGAGUGGUACUCGUGGAUGAGCAUUUGGAAAAGCAGCGGGACUAUGUUUUGGCAAAAAUUAAUAGUGAAUCGAAGGAUUUUGGGGAUAAGGUAGAAGGGGAAUUCUGGAAACUUGAUAAAAAGGUUAAGGGUCUGGAAAAAACGAAAAUCACGCAUUUCACAGAUAUCUAUGGACGCCUGAAGGAGGUUCACGAAUUUUUUGGUGACGAUUUUGAUAUCAAGUAUAAGAAGAAAAUAGAUGGACUGUUUUCUGAGUUAGCAAAUAAAAUGACACAAAUAGAUCCUAAAAAUAGUAAUAGUAAUGACGGUAAUAUAUCUAUACUUAAAGAAAAGUUUGAGAAAGUGAAAUCUGAUAUUGAUCUAAUUGGUACUGAGGUGGACGGCGAAGUUGCCGACUUGUCAACGUGGAAGACAGAGGCUGAUAAGGUUGUGAAGGAAGCGAAAAAGAAGUGUGAGGAGAUCAUUGCCAAACUUUCAGACGACGAGAAAAGCAAAAUUGCAGGUCCGGCUGGACAGUUAAGACAGAAGGCCACUCAGCUUUUGGCUGCAUCUGUCGACGCAAAGCGGGGAGUUACCACAGCUGUGCAAGACGCUGUCAGAAAAUUCGCCGCGUUAGAUGGUAUGGUGACUCAGGGAUUGGAGAAUUUUAAAGGGAAAAUUACGCCUACAAUUAGUGGCUGCUUAACCAAUUUGAAAGAUAUAGAUUUUGCCGGUGGCCGGGUAAUAAAACUUGGCACGUUGUCAACUAAAGGUCAUGUGGGAGAGUGGCUUAAAAAUAACUUGCAGAGUAGUAGUGGUUUGAACGGUGCAUUUAAAUCUCUCGGUCAAGAUAAUGAGUCCAUUCUACAAAGCAUUUUUAAUGUGCUGAAAGUAGAAAAUAUAGUGAAUGGUCAAAGAGAUGUCACAUUUUUUAAAGCAUUGGAUGAAGAUAUACACAAUGCUAUUAAGGACAUUAUAAAUUUGAAAAAUCUGAGCGACCCUAUGCAGUCUCUUCGUACCGAGUUAAAUGGAGAUGGUCUUCAUAGGGCAGUGAGUGGUAUUACAGUGAAGGUCAAAGAUCUUACUGAUCAAGUAAAUCAGCAAGCAGAGUCUUCUUUGAUAGACGGUUAUUUUGACGGCAUUUGGAAUGCGCUAGAUGAUCUCUGCAGUGGAGUUCAAAACCUAGUCGAAACAACCGGAAACGGCGGUAUAAAGAAGGACGGUGUCAAUCCACGUCUGAAUGAGCUUGAAAAGGGGCUUCAGACAACCAAGCUGCGUGAUUCUAAAAAUGGGCUUCAUGAUAUUCAUGCUCACCUUGGUCAGUUACAAAUCAGGAUUGCCGAGGUGACCAAAGCUGAUGCCAGUACAAAAGUGGCUGAUAUCAUUGCCGAACUUGAAGGCCUGCCCGAACUGCUUAAUAGGAAGAGAUCAGACGCGGGAAGGAACAUGGAUGAUUUGAGAAUGCAACUUACACACCGACUCAAAAUUGUUGAAACAAACAUACAAUAUGCCGAUACAUUUAUUCAAAGGGCUAUUAAAACCGUCCAACAAUCUCUUCAAUUAGCUCAUCACAAUAUAACUGAAUUGCUCUACCACCUCACGAAUACCGUCCUCAAGGCCACUGACCAAGCCUUCCAAAAAAGUUACCGAUGA